AUGAAUGUCAAUCCACAUCUCCAAUAUUUACAGCUGCACCAGUUGCAACAACAGGGACAACAGCAAAUUAACCCUAGUAACCAAUCUCCACAGAUAUCGCUGUUACAGUUGCAACAACAUCAACUUCAACGACAACAGUUACUUAAUCAACACUUGCAACAACAGCAACAACAACAGCAGCAGCAGCAGCAGCAGCAGCAGCAGCAGCAACAACAACAGGUACAACAGCAACAACAACAGGUACAACAGCAACAACAAUUGGGAACACCAAACGCACAACAGCUCACUAGCAAUUUGUUACUUGCCGCUUUGAAUGGAGGAGGAGGAAGUUCUAUUGGUGGGGCAAAUGCUCAAGUAAAUGGAGGGGUGCUUCCAAAUGGAAUGGGCACGUCGACAAUCAAUCCUUUAUUACAAGCCCAGUUACAACAGCUUCAACAACAACAACAACAGCAACAACAGCAGCAACAGCAACAAGCACAAUCUCUUCAAUUCCAGUUACAAUCUCAACAACCACAACAUAUUCAACUGCAAGAUCAACCAGGAGUGAUACAACUGCAGAAUUCUCCUGUUCCUAUAAUUAAAGAAGUCUGGGCCCAGAAUUUGGAACAUGAAUUCCAAACAUUGAGAACAUUCAUUAAUGAUAAAACUUCAAAGGUAUUUAUAGCGAUUCAUCAAGAAAUACCUGGUAUUGUUGCAAGACCAGUUGGAACAUUUAAAUCAUCGUCAGAUUAUCAUUUCCAAACUUUGAGAUCGAAUUCGGAUUUACUUAGCUUAAUUCAAUUAAGUUUCUGUAUUACGAAAUUUAAAAAUAAUGAAAUUAGUAAUAGCGCAAUUUGGCAAUUUAAUUUCUUGUAUGAUUUGACUAAAGAAAUGUACAAUGAAGAACAUUUGGCAAUGUUAGCACAGACUUCACAAAUUAAUUUUCAAAUGCACAUGACACAAGGAAUUUCCCAUCUUAAUUUCGCCGAGUUGAUGAUUGAAAGUGGAUUACUUUUAGAUAACCAGAUCAAUUGGAUAUCAUACCAUGCAGGAUAUGACUUGGGUUUCUUUGUUAGUUUAUUAAUGAAUGAUAGUUUACCUGUUGAUGAAAAGGAUUUCUACUGGUGGUGCAACAAAUAUUUCCCUAACUUUUAUGACUUGAAAUAUAUGGGUAAUCAAUUACUAAAUAAAGCAGGCAAUGAGGAAGGCAAUAAAUCAACGUCAAACAAUAAACCGUCAAUUGAAUAUUUGGCAGAGGAGUUACACUUGUUGCCAAUCUCACCUAUCAUACGUCAACAUUUCGCUAUGGCAUCUCAUUUUGCUGGGCACCAACAACAAUUGACGUCAACAUUACAUGCAUAUUUGUCAAUGGAAUGUUUCAAAGAGCUUUUACGGCAAUCAUCUUUUGAUCUUUCUGUGUUGGAAAGAUUCAAGGGUUUCAUAUGGGGCUUAGGCAGUUUAGGAGGAGAUCCAAUUUCGAACAUAGACGACCUUCGUGUGAAUGGAGGGAUUCCUGCUCCACCCACACCAGUAGCCAGUACUAAAAGUGGGCUCGUACAUUUUGGAAGAAAUGCUUGA